AUCUUUCUAAAUAUAAGGUCAUAUAAUUUGUUUUCCUUCUUCCUCUCCACCCAGCUGGAGGAAGCUGCCUCUGGAGUCUGGACGCGCGGCCUCCCCCCUCGCCGUCCGUCGCAAGGAAACUCCCGCCGGUCCGCAGCGCAGGGCCAAAUAUUCGGCGGCGAGAGCGUUCAGGGCAGGAAGAGGAGGCCGCGGAUCGGCGCACGCAAAUUCAGGCGUUCUACUUUGAGGGGUUGUCAUUUUCUUAUUCUGCUGGGAUGGCCGGAAAAGGAAACUAUGUUCCGCCUCAGUAUGUUCCUUUAUAUGGCCUAGAUACUGAAGAGGAUCGUGUACCUCCUGUGGAGAACCAUGCUACACGGCAUAAACUAAUCCGGGAUCCGACACAAUGGUCUUCAGGCAUCUGUGCUUGUUUUGAUGAUCCACAGAGCUGUUGUAUUGGUGCGACUUGCCCCUGUUUCCUUUUUGGAAAGAAUGCACAAUUCUUGGGAUCUGGAACUCUUGCUGGAUCAUGCACUACACAUUGCAUGCUUUGGGGACUUCUUACAAGUCUCUGCUGUGUGUUUACUGGGGGACUUGUAUUAGCAGUUCCAGGGUCUGCUGUUGCUUGUUAUGCUUGUGGAUAUCGCAGUGCAUUAAGAACAAAGUACAAUCUUCCGGAAGCACCAUGCGGCGAUCUGACAACACAUCUAUUCUGUCACUUAUGUGCCAUAUGCCAAGAGUACAGGGAGAUCUGUGAGAGGACAGCCAGUAGCACCUCUGCAGCUUCUAAUGUGACUCCACCUCAAAUUCAGACUAUGGAUGAGCCAUGAUAUAUGUACACGAUGUGAAGGUAUCCUAUCUGACAGAAGUUUGGUUGUCGACUUGGUGCUGCCUUUGCCUGCUAGCGUUUGUCAUGUUUUUGUUGUUGUGCUCUCACAAUAUUACUAUGAAAGUCUGGUUUCAUAGUGUUGUUGUAAAGAUAACUUUUGAACCAAUGAAUUGCUAACGAAGGUUGUACGAAUAGCUGGAUCAUUGGACCGAAGCACUACUGUUACAUGUAACAUACUUCUUUAUAUGUAUUGGGAGGGGAUGGGAAGGGAAAAGAAAAUUGCUCUUCUAUUGUAUAACGUUCUAUUGUGUACU